AUGGCCUGCACAGGUGUAGUGUUAUCUAGAGCAUUUAUCAUUGAAGACUAAGCAUCUACCAAAGGAAAUGCAACAAGGGGAAGGAGAAGAGCAGAAUUUUGACCUUUUAACUGGUUUGUAUCUAUUUACUAUAAUCGAGUGAAUGCACCGAGUAGGUGACUUCAAAUUUGCUGUUUGGUCGGUCUGCAAAUUUAAUAGUUCCUUUAUUUAACAAUUCGACUCCUAAAAGUGACCAGCAUCUAAUUUCUCCUUACAAUAUCACCACUGCAUCGAACAUUGAGGUCACGAGAAUACAGUAUAUGAUCCCCUACUGAAAUUUCCUAAGGUGCUGAUAAGGAGAAUUUGUCUAACAAUCAAGAGCUUCUCUAGAUGGAGAUCAUUUCCUCAAUUCUCGUGACUUAAAUGUGUGAUUCAGGGGUGAUAUUUUAGAGACAAACUAGAUGCUAGACACUCUAAGGGGUCAAAUAAUUCAUUGAUGUUCCUUGACAAAAUCUGUUGAAGCUCAGCGUAUGAAAGAGUUUGUUAAAAUAGUUUCAGGUGGUGUUUUGUGUGAGUUCUUAGAAGUAGCAUUUCACCUCAUCUUAUAUGUGAGGGAAGUCUAUCCUGCUGUGGUAUUUGAGAGAAGAAAAAAGUAUAAUGUUCCUGUACAGAUGUGUUGUCACCCAGAUCUUAACCAGUAUAUCUUAGACGUGCUUCAUACCAUGAAGCCCUUACUGGAGGAGGGCAAAGUUCAGAGGGUUGCCUUGGUUAUUUCAGACAAAAAGUUCAUUCCUGUUGAACGAUUUGUUUUUGAGGUUGGUAAUCCAGAAGGAGUCGGCACAACAGAAAGCCCGGACAAUUUCUUACUCUCCACGGAGAGAGCUCUCAGAGGUUUUCUCCUCAAGAUCAAUUCAUGUGAUGCACUGUUAGAGCCAAUCUCGAAAGGAUGUACAUUUUCCAUUCUUGUAUAUACCAAAGAAUCGUCUUUCUUAAAACUGCAAGAGGGUUCCAAUCUUCAGGAGUUUCCUUGGGUUGAGGCAGAUGAACGAACGAAAAUGAAGGAAUCUGUCAUUAUACCUCUUAAAUCAACUUCCACUGGAAUCCUAAAGAUGCAGCUUUUUGUCGAGGAAUGUGCUGAGAGGACCAGGAAUGGUAAAGACAAGGUUGAAGACGUUUGAUAUGAUUGCAUUCUUCCCGUCAAAGAGAUCACGCCUUCCACAGACUUAAAAAAGAAAAAAAAUAGCAAUCUUAUCGUUUGCAUGCCACGCCUUGAAUACACUCUAAAUGACUAAAAAUAAAUGGAAAAGUAGUAGAUGGUAA